AUGGCUAAGCAACUUGAUACCCCGAUAGNUGCUUCUCUUGAUUUGGUUGAUUGGCUACAAAAGAGGCCAGAGUGGAGUAUCAUGGGGGGAAAAGAUCACUUUCUUGUAGCUGGUAGGAUAACAUGGGAUUUCAGAAGAUUGAGCGAUUCAAAUUCGGACUGGGGCAACAAGCUUCUUUUCUUACCCGCUGCAAAGAAUAUGUCGAUGCUCGUUGUUGAAUCAAGCCCAUGGAACGCAAAUGAUUUUGGUAUCCCAUAUCCGACAUAUUUCCAUCCAGCAAAGGAUGCAGAAGUGUUCAGUUGGCAGGACCGGAUGAGGAAGCUGGAGAGGAAGUGGCUUUUCUGUUUUGCUGGUGCACCACGUCCCGGAAACUCUAAAUCGAUCAGGGGGCAGAUCAUUAACCAAUGCAAGGAAUCUAAAGUCUGCAAGUUAUUGGAAUGUGGUCAAACAGCGGAGAGCAAAUGUCAUUCUCCCGGCAGUAUAAUGCAGAUGUUUCAGAGCUCCCUUUUCUGCCUGCAGCCUCAGGGAGAUUCAUAUACAAGGAGGUCGGCUUUUGAUGCUAUGUUGGCUGGUUGUAUACCUGUCUUUUUCCACCCGGCUUCUGCCUACACGCAGUAUACAUGGCAUCUCCCGAAAAACUACUCAGCCUUCUCUGUUUUGAUUUCUGAGAAUGAUGUUCGUAAGAAGAAUGUAAGCAUAGAGGAAAGGUUAAAUCAAAUUUCUCCUGAGAAGGUGAAGGAAAUGCGGGAGGUGGUUAUAAGUAUGAUUCCAAGGCUGAUCUAUGCCGAUCCUCGCUCUAAAUUGGAGACUCUCAAAGAUGCAUUUGAUGUGGCAGUUGCGGCGGUUACCAGUAGAGUUACAAAACUAAGAAGAGACAUCAUCGAAGGUCGUAAGGAUGAUAACUUUAUCGAGGAGCUCAGUUGGAAAUAUGCAUUGCUGGAUGAAGGGCAACGUGAGAUUGGACCUCAUGAAUGGGAUCCAUUUUUCGAAAUACCAAAAGAUGGAAGUGCAGAAUCUGAUAGUUCAUCAGCAGAAGCCGCUAAAAACUCUUGGAAAAACGAACAGGGACAAAAUACAUGAUGUGGGUUUUUCUUCUUCUUUGACAGUCUACCACUCAUCGCCAUGACUUAGAAUGAGAGAACUGGCUACACAUGAAGUUUAGCUUCAGAGUAGAAUCAACCUUUUGAUGAAAUUAUAAGAACUUUGUGCAAAGGAAAACAUAUAGUAAUACAUUAUCCUGCGUCUAAUAUAAAUGCUGUUGCUGUUUUAUCCAAUUCUAUGUUAUUCGUUAGUCAGUAGUAGCAAUAAAAUCCAUGUCAAUACUUUUGAUUACCAAAUUAUGUCUACUCAAUUAGGAACUUCUGUCA